UAUAAUUGAAUCAAUUUUGUUUGUGUGAGAGCUGAUCGUGAUGGAAAAGUUGCAAAAUAAUCCUUUUUAAAACAAAACUUCUUGUGUUACUUGUCGCUGAGCCUUGUUUAUUAUGAUUAGUCUUUAUAUUGUGGUAAUCAUGAUCUAGAAUACAUUUGAGUCAAGGCCAGUUCCAGUUUCGUUCCCAUGAACAGAAUUGAUCAAUUUGUAGUGUCAGGGAACAUCAGCAGAACGUAGAAACAAUAAUAGGAGGUGGCAAGGGAAAAGCAGCACGCAGAUCGAAACUGAGACGAAAAAGAUGAUGUGUCAAAGUGAAAGAGCUGAUCAUAAGAUAGAAAAGCUCUCUUGGUUCGAAUAAAAACAAGUUAAAUUGUGGGUUGUUUUAUCAGCCACUAAGUUGAAAAAUACGAAUUGAUUGGUCUACAUAAAUUGCUUUAAUUUGGAGGAUAUUUGAUAUCGAAAAUCAAUUCUGAUCAAGUAUCCAAAAAAAGUGUUACUAAAUGAAGAUUAAAUGAGAUCGACUGUAAGCUAUAUGUUAUCGCAAGGACCAGGAGACCCGAUAAUGGCGCACCCAGAUUAUGAGCAACAUCAUUAUCACCAUGGUUGUCUGCUGAUACUAGUGCGUGGAAUCGGUCCUCUCAAACCACGGUCACUACAGCGAGUGUUCGAACGUAUCCAAAGAGUAAACAAUGUCAAAAUUCCAGAUUCUUCUGGCUCGACAAGAGACAUAUGGGUUCGCUAUAUUCGAGAGCAUCCGGUGGAGAAUAAUGAUUGGGGUGAUUUCCAAACUCAUCGUCGUUUGCUAGGCCUAAUCACUGUUGGCAAAUUUGACAACCAAAACGAGCUUAACGAAUUGUGCCGUGUUCACGAAUCUCUCAAAGUAAAGUACACCAAUACGCUUUUUGAUUCGCGGUGUCUAUUGUUUGGUCCGGCCAGUGAAGAACUGCAUAAAAUGGUCAACAGUUUGGAAGAGAAGAAGGACCCCACAAUCGAGAGCUGUUUCCAGACACCGUCCAACUUUAAAAGUAGAGCUUUUUUCUACCCAGAAAACGAUUCCUGUUCGAAUCUGGAAACAAAGAUUUCAGAAUUUAUCACCUCUCUGUAUUACAUCUUGGAACUCAAACGUCUUGAGAAAACACGGGAGAAGGUUGAUAAGGUGCCACUUCUGCUGGCUCCAUUUGAAAAGAAAGAUUUCGUUGGACUAGAUCUUGAAAGUCGAAAUAAUAAGAAGCGUUGCAUCGGUCGAAUGACAAAGCAUUUGGGAGAUCUAACGCUACAGGCUGGUCUGGUAGCCGAAUCGUUGAACCUCUUUCAAUCUGCGAGUGAAACUCUACGUGCCAUAAGCGAUUCGCUCUGGCUUGGGGCGGCCUUCGAAGGAUUGUGCGCCGCCUCUGCCAUCCUGUUGUAUCCCAAUUUUCGCUACGCGAUGUCAAUUCAGCGGAACUCUAGUCUACAAGAGAAUACGUCAUCAUCUCCGCAAAAGUUCAACCUUGCUCGUAGUCAGCUGGUUUCGAACAAUGGUUACAAUGGAGAAGUAACCGGUAACACUGUUAAUCAGAAGAAAACUGACAUGAUGAUCAAUCUUAACUCGGAAACUGCCUCCAUACCGGAUAAAACUUCGGCCUCCUCUAACUCGUCUGCUUCGUCAAUCAGUUCGACGUUUUCCUCUGGUUCCGGUGGGAGUACGGCUAGUGGUAGCUCUUCCUCUCUGACUGAUUCCGGUACACUGGUGAACAAAUCAGCAGUAGCACAAAAAUUUCCACCGAAUAUUCUCCAACCAGAUGAUAUUCCUUUGCGCUACCGGGAAGCCAUCAUCAAUUACAGUAAAUAUCGCAAUGCUGGUAUAAUUGAAACGGAAGCGGCUCUCAAAGCAGCCCGUAUAUGUAUUGAACAAGGAAAGAAUUUGGAUGUAGCAAUGUUUCUUCAGAACGUGUUGUACAUAAAUCUGAACAUGAGUGAAUUGCAGCGGGUUCGGAGAUUUGAAGUGCUUACUGAUUUGUAUCAGAAAAUAGGUUACAAUCGAAAGGCAGCCUUUUGUCAGCGGUUGGCUGCCUGGCGCCAUGUGGCCGUCAGUAACACUAACCCGGACUGGGGUCAAAGUUAUCGACUCAUGUUGGAGAGCUUUUCCGGUCACAAACUUACGUUGGAACCCCACGAAGUACUGGAGAAUAAUACCGGUUGGCCAGUGUUGCAAAUUGAUUUGCUACAGCAAUUGGUCGGAACAGCUCGAAGGCUGGGUCAACCGGCACUGGCAACUAGGCACAUGACAUUCCUGCUACAAACCAUGUGGAAACAUCUGACGGCACACGAUCAAAAGGAGAUGGCACUGCAGUUGCAAAAUCUAAGCUCGCAGUGUGAGGGUGCUCCGGUUCCAUUGGUGUUGGAAAAUGGAACUGUGAUUCCACCGGCGAAUUUAACCGAUCUACCCUUGUGCAGUCAACUGGUGGUGAAAGAUUUGCCGUCACAUAUGAGACCGAUGAAGAUUGUAAUAGCCAAAGUGGACCAGGGCCCGUUCCUGUUUACUCCCAUUCAUUUUAGUUCGAUGGAUCGUCGUCAGGCAAAAGACGACAGCAAAAUUUCCUUCAACUGGAUUCAGAAUGAUGUGUGUGAAGUCAAUGUGAAGCUGACUAAUCCUUUGCCGUUUGAGCUGCAGGUGACGGAUAUUCGCCUUUUGACCACGGGAGUCGUGUUCGAGGCAUUCCCGCAAACGGUAAUGCUACAACCGAAUGUGCUGACAACGGUAGCACUGCAUGGAACACCGAUCGAGAAAGGUGAAUUGGAUAUUCAGGGUUACAGCACUCAUACGCUGGGUGUAAAAUCGAACUGUCGUUUGAAGCACAUGUUGCACCGAAGGCAACGCAAUCUGCCUUCGCACUAUCAGGUCAAUGUGAUUCCGGCGCUUCCAAAGCUAGAACUAAAGACAAGCCUCCCACAGACUGCGACUUUUAGUGGAAUGCCGAACGCGGACUGUGUCACAACUUCCGCCAGCAUUACACUGUACAAUGGCGAGAAGGGAGAAUGUGUAGUAACUCUGACCAACACCAGUAACAUCCUGAUCGAGUACAUUGAUGCAACGUUUCAUUCGAAUAUGGAUGCAAAUUUGCAGAAUAGGAUUUUUCAAUUAGCAUAUGAUGAACUGAUGUCAAAACUACCUAUCAAACCGAACGAAAGUAUCGAUUUCAAGCUUAUUAUUUAUGGCGAGGCUGAUUUUAUGGGAGCUGUGGCAAACGGUCAACAGUUGUUUUCCCAUCACGACGGUAUAAAUAGUGCGGGACCUCAAAGUCUAACGGCAUCCCACAGCGGAGGUGUCAUGGGCGGUACCAUCAGUGGUAGUGGCAAUCCAAGCAUCCCUAGUCGAAUCAGCUCACCAACUAAUACCCAAAGGCGGAAUGAUCCGCUGACGUCCAGUUUUAGGUCGUCACAUUCGGGCCACUCUUCGUUGGCUACCCUUAGUGUCGGAAUAGCAACAGGGCAUAUGCCCCGGCAGCUGGAGGCACAGCUGCGUUUCAAAUACUCAGGUGGAGAAGGCAUGCAGGAAGGAUUCUGUAGGCAAUGCGCGAUUUCGUUCAAUGUUGAACUACUGCCGAGUGCACAGAUAACUAAUUGGGAUGUUCUGUCAGCGGAAAUCCCUUCUCAGUUUUACUUGGUGUUGGAUGUUGUCAAUCUAACCGUUCAGGAAAUGUCCCUCAACUACACCUCCAAUAAGACAAUACUAAUUGAAGCAAAGGAAAGUUGUCGUGUUCCGGUGCCAGUCGAUCGAUGUCCGUUGGAGCGAAUUCUGUCGGCUAUGGAACAACAGCUUCAAUCGUUGAAUAGCACAUCUGUCGAUGGUCACCCCAGCAUGCUAAGUGGGGUCGGUGUGACCACUACCAGCGGUGACACGGCAGAUCUAACGGAACGGGUGUGCUCCGAACACAUCUCUGAGAACGUAAGUUUGAAAUGGUCUCUGCCAGGAUUGGACUGUAGCGGAGUUGCUUCCCUGAGAGGAAUUACACUUUCACCGACGAUGCUGGAUCUAGUGACCGUACCACCGUUGCAGUGGGAAGUAAAAGUCGAUAACCAAUUGGUUGCUCCCCAGUCGGAAGUAACAUGUGUGACGGGACAGUUCAUGGCACUGAGCAUCGGAAUCUGCAAUUUAUCGGCAUCAGUUUUGCAAAAGGUACAACUCUCCGUUCAGUUCUACCAGGACUAUCAAAAUGGGCACCACAACUAUCGACUGGAAACACGAGUCACAAUGACCGGUCCGAAUCACAUCCUCAUCCCAUCCCUCAAUAAAGAUGAGAAAGCAUUCCACGAGUGUUCGGUGCUGUUUUUUACACCCGGCCGCUUCAAAGCGGACAUUCAGUGCCGAUCGCUAAACUCAACCGGGGAUCAUGGGUCAUCGUCUUCGCACGUGUGGCGCUUCAUACCACCUGUGGAGAUAACCGUAAUCGAUCAAUGAAGGAUUAGUUUUGACUCACGCUUUGUAGCUUGUUCGUUCGUUACUGUUAGGCGACCGAACAAAACGAGCUAUAAUUAUCGCCAAACUACUAUAACAACUCAGCUAGGCUCACAAUUAAACGAAGAAAGUUUCUAUCGUGUGAUCGGGUUUCGCAUGUGUAGUUUCUUGAAGAUCUUUAUUAUAAUUAUUAUUUUAUAUAAUUGUAAGUAGGUUGGUAGCGAGUAACUGGUCUGGUAAAUAAUUGGAAAAUAUAACAAUAUAACGAGGAAAUUAAAUAACUUUGUCAGAGAUAAGAGCUGUCAUGAUUCCAGAUCACAAAUGCAGAACAAAAGCAAAAAUAGUUUUCACAUUACAAUUCUGUUUUUUUUUCUUGUAAGAUUAUUACUCUUUCAAAAUGCUAGAGCAUCUAAACUACAUAACGUAAAAUGAAAUUUUUUUCGUACAGUUUUUACACUUAUGAUGAUUCUCACACUUACGGUUUUUUUUGUAUGGACUUGGUGAGGAUAGUCGAAUUUAGUAGAUAUUGUGCAAACGUAUAGCAACAAACAAAACAUAAAAAAAACAUACAAACAUGAAACUGUUAAGCCAACAAACGUACAGUUUAAAAAUAAGAAGAGCUAUUAUAGGACGCUGCAAGAACACUAAGAUUUUUCUGUUAACAUGAAACAAUGGAUGUUAUUUAUUAUCUAAUAAAGUUGCUGAAGCAAUGCUUAUUAUGAAUUGUAAA